CCCACGUUUCCAUGGCUGCUUCCAGUUCCUCAAUUUUGGCCCUUGCCCACACCACCACUUCCAAUCUCAAUUUACAGAUCCCGUCUAUACACAUUAAACUGGACAGGGAGAAUUACUCCUUAUGGCGAUCCACCGUCAUUUCUGCUCUUGAGACCUUCGAUCUUGAGGAUUUCAUUCUGAAUCCUUCCCCACCGUCCGCAACCCACGUUGUCACUGAUGAUGUCGGUUUAUCCACUACCGCAUCCAACCCUGAUUUUGCUCUCUGGAAGAAGCGUGAUCGUUUUGUUCUCCUGUGGAUUAAAUCCACCUUAUCUGAACGUGCCCUUUCCUUGGUCGUUCGUGCGACUUCCUCUCAUAUGGCCUGGACGGCUAUUGAGAACACGUUUCAGGCUCAGACCCGGGCUCGCCGCAUGUCUAUGAAGGUUCAAUUGCAGACUUUAUCCAAAGGUUCCCUCUCUAUGUUGGAAUAUCUUGAGCGCAAACGCUCAAUUGCCGAUUCUCUUGCCGAAAACCUUCAUCCCAUUUCUGAUGAAGAUCUUAUGGGCCACAUUCUAUCCGGUUUGGAUUCUUCUUAUGCUGCGUUCUGCACGGCCUUCAUGAUGAAGUUCGAUGACGUUUCUGUUGAUGACCUUUUCGGUCUCCUCCUUCAAGAGGAGGCGCGCCUCGAUCAGGAGCAUGCUCGCCAGGCUGUGUUAUCUCUCAGUCCAACCACCUCCCACCGCCUCCUCCUCCUGGCUCCUCCGCUUUUACUGUCCAUCAUUCGUCCAAUCGGUCCACUUCUGGUCCCAACAACUCAUCUCAUGCUGUGGUUUCAAACCGCCCCAAUGACAAUCGCCGUCGUCGCCCUAUGUGUCAACUAUGCAGUAAGCCUGGUCACGAGGCCAUUGAUUGUUGGCAGCGUACCAAUCAGGUUGAUUUUCCUUCUCGCCGGACCAAUCCCAGACCUCCAUCUCGUCAAGCUCAUAUCACUCAGUCUGGCAGCUCUUCCACUGUGAUGGAUCCAGCCUGGUACUUUGAUACGGGUGCCACUGAUCAUGUCACUCCGGAUCUUCACAAGCUCUCUGUGGCUGAUGACUACACUGGUGAUGACAAGUUACAAGUUGGCAAUGGGUCGCACCAUUCUUCAAGGGGAUCUUAAACAUGGCUUAUAUCGGCUGCCUCUCACCACAAAUAAAACUCCUUCUACCAUGGCACUCACUGGGGCACGCACCACUCUUCAUGGCUGGCAUCAACGCCUUGCUUGUAACACCGUCCCCAAAAAGUAUUUACUUUUAAGUAAAUAAUGUAUUGAACUCAUGGAAUGGUUAACGAGUAUUCGAAGUUGUGAAUUUUUAUUAAUGUUGUUGCGUGAAUAGUAAAUUCGCACGUGGGGCCCGCACCGGGAGCGGGGGCCGCC